UGUUCAAAAUGGCGACAACUUUGGAAAACGCCAACCCGACUAUUUUCCUGCAGAAAACGGAGCGGGAAGUUCUUCCUGACGAAGAAAAUGAGGACAUUGUGGAAAAGAUUGAUGGACGAGAAGUAUUUGAUCUGAUUCGUUCUAUCAAUGAUCCUGAACAUCCCCUCACUCUGGAGCAGCUGAAUGUUGUGGAGCAGUCUUUAGUAGAAGUGGAUGAUGCAAAUAAUUAUGUGAAAAUUCAGUUCACCCCGACAAUUCCUCACUGUAGCAUGGCAACCCUGAUUGGUUUGGCAAUACGAGUCCAGCUUCUUAGAUCACUGCCUGAAAGAUUCAAGGUUGAUAUCAGCAUAACUCCUGGUACCCAUGCCUCAGAAGAUGCAGUGAACAAGCAGCUGGCUGAUAAAGAAAGAGUUGCUGCAGCUUUGGAAAACACUCAUUUGUUGGAAGUUGUAAAUCAGUGCCUUACAGUGCGCCACUGAGGUGGCUCAUCAUAUUUGUAUUGAGUAAAAAAAAAUGUCUAUGGCUGCAAAAAUUGCACAGAGGGAUAUCCAAGGCAGUAAGUCAGCUUUUUACAGUUUGCCAUGACGGGUGGCAGCUCCAAGUAUGAUCUUCAUGUAUUUGCCUAACUGAUUUGGAAGGUAUUACAGUACUAUAUGCUCACUAGCCUUAAAAAAUGUUGGCACACCCAAGCAGAAGUUUCUCACCCUCUAUCUAGGUCAAAUUUAAAAACAUAAAAAAAAACCUAGAGGUUAACUUUGCAGCAACACUGAUGGCUAUAAUUCAAAUAUCUGUGGCUUAAUUAAAUAAACAUCGGCACAAGAUAGGUCUUCCCAAACAUCAAGUACCUCUAGGAUGCAGCUGUUGUUUACCAGUAGUCUAGUCUUAUCACCCAGGGGGAGGGGGGGUAUCUAAAUUCCAGGACCCCUAGAAAGGGGCUUAUUGUGGUGGGUGAUGGGAGUAUCAAUAGUAAACUGAGGGCCAAAGUGCAAGUCAUUAUUUCCCCCCUAUACUGUCACCCAAAUUUAAUGAAUUAAGUACAAAAACCUAUUACUGGUAUAUUUAAAAUGGAAACCACAGCAGGGUUUUAAUUCUAAGUCCAUUUUGUACAGCAAGUAACAUAACCUAGUCAGCUUGAAGGAUAAAACAUCAACCCACCUUACAAUUUUUGACUAUGGGGAGAAGGGAGGAGUGCUCAGUACAAAAUUAAAGCACUAGAUCUUUUUGGCAGUACAUAUAGGUUGAAUAGGUAGUCACAGACUCUAUCUCUAUCUCUUUUUAUUAUAAGACACAUUAUGGUCUGCUUUGUACAAAUUACUUUAUGUAGUUGUUAAAAAGCUCACAUCAUUAUUUACCCGAUGGUAUGAAAGUUACUAAUCGAGAACUUUUAAAUUCAUACCUACACGUAUUAUCUCAGUUUGUAAAAUGUUUGAAUCAUAUUUUCCUGUAAAUGUACGUUAAAAGAAUGAGUUAUGUUUGAAAAGCCUUAUAGUUGUAGAGAAUCCAGUUUAAAUAAUACAUACAAGAUAUCAGAAUAAAUAUGUUGUUCAACUUGA